CUUUUAAAAAAUGAGUAUCUGUACUUCUACUUGAGUAAAGGAUGUGUGUACGUUUGCCACCUCUGCGUAAUUUUUGUUUAUGAAUGAAAUUAGCGUAGCGUAGCAUAGCGUCACCACGGCAACAGGCAAACGCGACGUGCGCACGUAUUUGUGACGAAUGAACGUAAGUUCUAAAUCUAAAUUCUAGAAUGUCUGUAUGUUCUCAUAAUACCUGGUGUAGACUGGGCAAGAUGGGUGGCACGUGCUAUGAACGCAAGAUCUUAACUUUGUACCAAGCUGUAAAGCAACAUGAACCUGUGCAGAUGUUGGAGGACAUGCGGAACAUGGAGAUAUUUCACUGGGAAGAAUGCAGCCACCAACGGACAUACACUCCAUCUGAGGCACUGAUGUAUGCCAUCGUGCACGACCACAGAGAUUACGCACAAUACUUGCUGAAUGAGUUCUCAGAUGGUGCUCUUGCCACACCAGGUGAGCAUGCCUGCUGCAGUCAUUCAUCUGCUCCACACUUAGCCUUGGCUGUCCACUACAACAGGAAGGAAAUUAUGGCUCUCAUUCUUCAAGAGACUUCUUGGUCCAACAUGAACAGAGGAGAAUGCAAACACGUGGACGAGGGCAGAAAUCCACUCCAUCUGGCAUGUGAGCUGUUACACUCAGAUGCUGUCAUACUGUUACUGGCAAGUGGGGCUUCACCACAAGCUGAGAAUAAAGAUGGUAUGACACCGCUGGAUCUCAUUCUCAAACAGCUACAGGCCUCCAAAGAGAACACACGUGCCAAGAUGUUAUGCCUGGAAAGGAUGCUCAUGUUCAUGACUGAGGUGCGGUUCAAAAUGAAGAGCUCAUUGAAAAAUGAUCCAGAGUACUGGUCCAAUGUUCUGGGAGAGGAGACGUUUAACUACCUGGUUGGAAGAAUUCCAAGGACACUCUUUCUCUUAGCUAUGAAAAGAACUCUGACUCAACUACCUUCUCGUGAAUUUUUCAAAAGUCUGGACGAACUGCCCAUUCCAGCAUUUCUGAAACCCCUCCCACAGAGCCCUUAAUACAGUCCUAACAGUGGAAUUUUUACUGAAACAUAUUUUUGUUUUUUAUUAUUAUUUUUAUUGAAUUUAUAUCUGUGACUGGCAUAAAUUUGUAUUUUAAAUUCAUGUGCAUGUGACUUUUAUUGUCUUUUAAAUCAAUAUUAAACAGUCUAAAGUUAA